AUGGACAUCCACUCGACGAGCUCGGAUUCAAACGUGGAAGCUGAAGUUAACAACACUCCCAUUGAUCUCACUCUAUGGGAGAAUUUUAUCAAGAAUGAGAGUGUCACGGCUCAGGAGGUCAAAAGCUAUAUUCAUCAGCAUGAUCUUACGAAAGUCGAGCCAUAUGAGCCAGGAAAAAAUGAAAUCCAACCAUGCAAAACAUCCAAGGCGGAGGAAGGCUCUGAUGAUGCAGGUUAUCAUCCAGGUUACCUGUCCUUUGGUGACGAUGGGACUACUGCCACCAUUACGACGAGGGGCCAGCAUGUGCAGAUAAGUCGGUACCUUGGCUACGGCCCUUCGGGCUUUGUCUCCAUGGAUCAUAAAUCUAUGGAUGAGCCAUAUCUGGGCUUUUUCCGAAGACACACGGUUUUGGGGAUGAUCGAAGAUGAAAUAGGCUUUGGGUCCGGUGUCUUGGUAGGUGAAAAUGACUACGAACCAUCUAAGGCCUCUUGGAUCCGUAACAAGUGGCCCCGGAUCGUGACCAAGGGAGAAGAUCGGUUAAUGGUUCAAAGCUACUAUGUGAAGAAUGGGGUGGUUAUCCAGGACACCGUUAUCUAUAAUCGGAGCAACAAGAACUUAGAAGUAACGCCUAGCGUCAAUUUCGAUAUUCUCACUCGCCAGCUAGAGUAUCUUGAUGCCUCCAACAGCUUCAACGAGGACAACGAGACGAGUGAAUGGGAUGGUACACAGGGCGCGGCAAGCUACACAAACUCCGCCGGGCCUGGCGGAUAUGGAUUCGUUCAAAUACACCGAACCCCAUCAAAAGGGCGAGCAGAUUCAGAUGUACCAUAUCCAGACGCUGUUGCGUCGGUUUGGGGUUUUUUUAAAAAUGGAAAAGUGCAGACGAAGCAGAGCUUUCAACAAGCUCAACCCUUCACGCUCGAGCCGAAUAUGAAGUCCCGCUUGAUCACUGGCUAUAAACUGGUUCUCUUAUCUGCCAGUGUCUCGGACUGGAAGUCUUUGACGAUAUCCGCAGCGGACGUUGAUAUGAACAGCUUCUUGCGUAAGACACAGCCCAAAGAAAGGGUAGAGAGCGUGAUGCUUCAGGACCCGUCGACGACAUCCGGAUUUUCCAUAUCUCGGAUUGUUGAGCACAUCUUGACCGUUUGUGCAAUACCAAUAACCCGCGGUUAUGUUUGGGAGAGCGGUAAUCCAGCCAAGGAAGAGGUUGAAGCAAUUGCAUUGACAAAUGGCGAGAUGUCAUUCCACGAAGUCUCCGCGAGGGAAAGCUUCUUCGCGUUUAAACUUUUGCUAGAAGUUGCGAAGACCUUGAAAGACGGAGAUCCACUGAAAGAUGGAGAUUCACUGAAAGCUCGAAUCAAAAGAGUGUGUGAGGGACAUCUGAAAUGGGUUUUCACGUUCGCGAAGCUUCAAGAAACCAAAUUCGCCGGGAAAUACUGGGCCAAUGGGGAGAUAAUAAAGAGCCUGCUUCCUGAUGACGAGCCCACCAACACGCCUUUCCAGAUUCUUAAGCUAUACGAGUAUCACAAGACUUUUGACUCAUGUGAUGAAUCAUGUGAUCAUAAAAAGAUCAUGAGUUACCUCAAUGGAUUCUCACCCAUGGGCUGGAUCAAGUCUCUCGACAAGGCAAAUGUGCGCAAAGCGUACGCAUGGCGUCACGUAUGUCGCGCUGGCAUUAAUCAUUUCCGGUUAGAUGACCACAUUUGGAUUUACAACUGUCUGUCCGCUAUUAGUGACAUAGAGAACUGGAGUGAUGCACGAGGAAAAAAGAACCCACGCAAGAAUGGCGACGAAGAGGAACGCGAACGCUACCGUCUCAUGGAAAUGUACGAUCCUACACGGGUGAAGCACGAAUUCAUCAAGCGAUUCACAACAACCUAUGAAAACAAGCAGCGUAUGAUCGCCGUAAUGAGGUCACCGAGAGAGAGUCGAUUUCAGUUCCACUCCAAGGAUACUGCCCUUUUCUAUCCCUUGGUGGAUCGUGUAUUUUUGCCUAGCAACUCAGCUUGGAAAGCCACCCUGGAAGCCCAAAAAAGGUUCCUGUCCAACACCGAUCCUAACUUCGACAACCUCUUGUAUCAUGGGCUGUGCAUGCUUAUGGCAAAAGAGGGGGUCUCUAUGUUACAGAAAGACCAAGAGAAAAGCUUCAAACAGGCCGCGAGCUUUCUGACUGAGAAUCUGCUGGGAAAUGGGCUUUUUCCGACCAACGUGGAAGAUCGCUGGGGAAGCCGCAGUCACCACUGCUUUCAGAUAUCUUUUGAGAUACCCUAUAUCCUCUGGAGUCUGCGGGACUAUUCCCCUCAAGCAAAGGAGGCACAGCCCUCAACCGACACCAGUCCCUCGACAGGAAAUCCACUUGCCGAAAACCUUGACCCCCUUGACGGAAUAAUUCCCUCCAACCGCCCGAUUGACGAAAAAAGCGUCAUCAGCGUUACAGAAGAAUGGCUCUAUAACCGCCCCACUUUCUUCGAUUGGAAACCAUCCACGGAAAUCCUUCGCGGAGCGGGAUUGACGCAGGGGAAAUCACACAACCCACUGCCAGUCCGAGAUAUGAAGGAUAACCCCUACCACUUGUUUUUUUUGAGGAUUGAUGAGCAUCGCGAGGAGGUAGAGAAUGACACCGAGAAGGAAAGUGCGGAAGUGAUCAAUAGAGCCUUUUCGGACUGGGAAAAGCGUCGUCAAAAGUCCGACGACUCAUACGAGCCACUGGAACCGGAGCAAGGUCAGCGUAGGUCUUUUUUGCUUCUCGACGUAGCAAGGAAGAAAGGGUCCGAAAGGAUGAAGUCCGAAAUCAAGACCAAUGCCAAGGGAACAAAUAAUAUCGGUGUGGGAUGGGAGCAGUUAACUCAAACUCGACGUGAGGAAGAGGUAAAGAAGCGCCUGCUGUGGUUCGAGCGUCCUUUAACAGACUACAGCCUCAUGUGCUAUCUAUCUGCCCCUGAAGCAGAGCAGAGUGCCAUCUCUACAUUUUUCCAGCGUCAUACGACAUCCCUGAACUUCUUUGAAGACACCACAAAUCAAGUAAUGAACACUUGGGAAACCGAAUUCCAUUGCAAGUUUCUGCAAAUUAUCGACCACAAGAAUUCGACCGAUGGAAAAGGCUCAGCUGACAGUAAGCUGAAUGGUCAGAGUGAUCGUGAAAAACAGAAAGGUUGUGAGAAUUCAAAUGAUCAUAAAGACUCAAGGCAUCCUGAGGAAUUGAACGACUUUCGGGAGCUUUGCCCGAUGCUCACAUCUUCGGCAUAUGCCCCAUUCAUAAUCGAAGACAAGGCACUUGUUCGGGCAUCUGCGAGUUUCAGAGUAACUGGAGACUUUUUCGAUAAGUUCUGGACUUUCUACAUUGUCGAGAAUUUCCCAGGGACACAGCCCGAGCAUCUGCUCUACUUUCUUGGAAAGGACAGCAAGCAACUCAAGCGAGCAUUGGCCUAUUCACCGCCAAAGGCAUGGCAGCAGAGAAACGUCCUAGAGCCUAUGCUCAUGCGCCGGAUUUUGGGUGAAGUCAACCGAAGCACCAGAGACAUUCUGGGCUUCUUGGAGGAUCGUAUCGAGAAAGACAAAAAGAAUCUUGCCUCUCGCGUCUCCGACAAAUACUUUGUAUCUCUAAGCACAUGGGCUCUCUUACACAAGACACUUGACAUGUUAAAGGCCGAUUUGGAGAGUAUAUCAACGCAUAUCGAUGACUGGAAUUCCAGAGAGCGAGAUCGAAAGGGUGAAAGACCCCGGUGGACCAAAAGCGAUGAGCACAAGUAUCGCCACUCUAUCACCGCCAUUGACAUUCUCAACCAAAGAGCGCUCCGAGUCCUUGUCGGAAACAAGGCCAGAAUCGAGUCACUCGAGAAAUCUUUGAAUUUCCAUGAGAACCGCACCAAGAAUCGAUACGAUGAAGAAAUGAACCUUCGAAACUAUCAGCAAAACCAGAACAUCAAGUACUUCACCUAUUCCACUGUAUUCUUCCUGCCUCUCGGGUUUGGGACAAGCAUAUACAGUAUGUCUGCUCCGCCCCCGCCGGGCGUCAUUUGGAAAAUGGUGGCUUGUGCUGUGAUCGCGUUUGUCGUUCUGAUACUUGCUGUUCGUCUAUCCCCUUACAUCUUGGGGUCUGGAAAGGCACAAAUCCUGAAGUCGGUUGAGUCGGCCUUGACUCCGUCACUGUCCACCGCAGUCAAAGAGUCAGAGAUUAAGCCACCUGAUAAUCAUAAGGAAGAAGCCCGCCCGGAAAGCAACAGAGAAGGUAACAGAGACUCGCCUCGGCAUGAACAUUCAAGAAGGUUUUCCAGAGUCUUUGCAUUUAUGAAACAAAGAACCAAAAAGACGCAAGCAGAUGAUCCAGAAAAUAUCCCUCCAUCCCACACUAGACAGGAAGAGACUUAGAAUACAGCAGAGACGGUUCCGAUCACCAUGUGAGAGGCGCAGUCAAGACUGUUUUCUUUUCGCAUCAUAGCAUUUGGGAGACCUCAGUUUCCGGUCUCCUCGAGAAGAAUCACUGUGUAUCUACCGUGACUGAUGUUUUGUAUUGGACAAUCUUAUUCGUGGCCUCACUCAUCUCAGUGACAUCGUG